UUUAAACGUUGCGAAGGUUUAAAAUAUAAAUUUGUCGAUUUCAAUUUAAACCAUCAUCAAUCUCAAUUCAGGGAAGUUAAUAGAAGGAAUAAGUCAUGAAGGUAAUUGGCUUGCUAUCAUCAGCAUUGAUAGUAUCGAAGUUGGCAAUUGCAAUUGAUACUGAAAUCAGAGGAGUAGAACCAUCUCGAUUGAAGCUUUAUGAUCCAAUCGUUGAUCCAAUCACGGGGAAGAAGACAUGGAGAUGUUUAAACAAUCCAGAAAUCAUAUUGUCUUAUGAUCAGAUUAAUGAUGAUUAUUGUGAUUGUCCUGAUGGUUCAGACGAACCAGGUACCAAUGCAUGUCCCUACAAUCCUGAUCACAAGUUUUACUGUGCCAACAAGAAUCAUAUUCCAGGUUAUAUUGAAAAUUAUAAAUUGAAUGAUGGUGUUUGUGAUUAUGAAAUCUGUUGUGAUGGUUCGGAUGAAUACUUGAGUGGGAAAUGUGAAGAUAAAUGUAAAGAGAUCAAUCAUCAAUUUAAUCAAUUCAAACAAUCUUCCCAGAAAGACAUUGAAAAAUCAUUAAAAUUAAAAUCAAAAUUAGAACAUGAAGCUGCUUCUCGUAGAUUACAAUUAGUGAAUCAAUUAGAAAGCCUUAAUGCUGAAAAGUUGGAAAAGGAAGAAAUUCUCGCUAAUAGUCAAGAUAACUUAGCUGAAGAAGAAAACGGAGAAGAAGGUUCAACAUUGUCCAAUGUCAUUUUACCUCAUUUAGAUGAAAUUUCAGUUCAUUUGAGUAAUUAUCACAGAAGUUUACAACUUAGAGAAGAACAAUUACAAAAUCUUGAAAAGAUAUUAGCUGGACUUACCAAGAAUUAUAAUCCAAACUUCAAUGAUAUUGCUGUUAAAGAAUCCGUAAAUAAAUUUCAAGAAUAUGUGUCAAAUAAAGAAGAAGCACUCAAAGCAGAUUUAGAAAAAGCCAAAGAAUUACUUAGACUUGUGGAAGAUCACUCCAAGGAAUUUGCCGAUCCUGGUAUUAAACAAAAAUCAUAUGAACCACCAACUUUGAAAAAUAUGAUUUUACAUUACUUCAAUCAAUUCAAAUCUGCAAUACAAAUUGAUGAAAACGUGGAUGUUGGUUCAAACAAGAAAAUCGUCAAUAAUGCUCAAGCCCAAGUGAUUCAAAAGGAACUUGAAGAUAUCGACUUACAAAUAGAAAUCAUAAAUGAAGAUUUAGAAAAGGAUUAUGGUCCCGGUGAUAUUUUAAGAGCUUAUAAAUCUACAUGGGUAGAAGGUGAUGUAGGGGGAUAUAAUUAUAAAUUAGGGUUUCUUGAUGCUAUCUAUCAAGAUGAUGUCUUAAUUGGUAAGUAUGCUGAUUUCAAAGAUAAUCAAUUAUUCUACAAAGGGGGGGCUAAAUGUUGGAAUGGACCUCAUAGAUCAGCAACCAUUGAUUUAACUUGUGGAUCCGCUAAUCAUAUCUUAUCAGUGAGUGAACCACAAGUAUGUAAAUAUUUGAUUGAACUUGUUACUCCAUUAGCGUGUAAAGUUCUUUCUGAUGAAGAAAUAUUAUCUAAUUUUAAAAUCGACAGAAGUAAAUUAUAAUUCUUGAUACAUAUAUAUACAUAUA